AUGCCGUUCUGCUGGUUGUUAUUGACACUCUGCUUCGCAUGGGAGUUGCUGCCCCAGCUGCCCACCUUCACAGGGAGGACUUCCACAGAGCAGCUGCGGCAGCUCCGCCUUGCGCAGCAUGCAGAGCGUGACAAAGACUCCGGGACUCCUGCCACAAAGCUGCGAAAUACCGCUAGUGCUGCCUUGAAGGCGAAUCAGGCUUUCUACGAAGCUUUCAACAAGAGAGACCUGGAAGCCAUGAGUAAACUUUGGGCCAGCGAGGUUACAAAGUGGGGCCCCUUGCUCUUCUUCCAAGACCGGGACCGAACCUUCAAGAUGACGUGCACCUGCACUCAUCCAGAUAGCUCUCGGCUGCAGGGCCGCCCUGAAAUUAUGACCAGUUGGAAUCGGAUUUUCAGCAGCUCAACCUUGCCAUCAAUUCAGAUAUCCAAAGAGCAAGUGCUAGUCACCUGCGAAGACAUGGCUGUGGUGGUGUGCCAAGAAGAAACCAGCGAUGGAGGCACCCACGAAGCCACGAACACCUUUGCUCGCGGCGAAGGUGGCAUUUGGUACAUCAUCGGGCACCAAGCCGGGCCAGUAGAGCUGUAG